AUGAGUGACAGGAAGCGCAGCGUCGUGAAGAGGCCGAAAACCCCGAAGACCGAGAGUUUCCAAAUUGGUGACUUCGUCCAAAUCGGAGAUAAUGAACAACUGGUUGGCCACGUAAAGUUCCAAGGUGCAACCAGCUUUGCAGAUGGCGUUUGGGUUGGUAUCCAAUGCCAGAAGGCUUACGGGAAGAAUGACGGCAGCGUGCAGGGCGUUCGCUACUUUGAGUGCCCGCCAAAGUAUGGGCUUUUCGCGCGUCCAACAAGCCUUCGCCGCCUGCAGGACUCGAGCAGUCAGAGCCAGGCUGCUGAAGGUAAGACUAUGCGGGCCCCAGCGGCUCCAGUGGCUGCAGCGGCUCCAGUGGCUGCAGCGGCUCCAGUAGCAGCGGUGAGCAAGGAUGCGCAAGCUCCAGCUAGUUCUUCCACAAUCAACGAGGAGCUGGAGAAAGCCGUCCGGAAGCAAGACCUUCAGAAGCUUCGUGAGGUUCUGCCCAAGGCCAUAUCAAGCCAUGGGAAUGUGGCCCUGGAUGCAUGGAAGUUGUGGGAUUUGGAGUAUUGCCGUCUGAAAGAGGCUGAGGCGCGGAUGCAAGCAGAACUGGAGGAGCUGAAGUCAAAGGUCUCCAAGAUGACAGAUGAGGUCCAAACCCUGCGAGCCAGCGAGCUGCAGAAGGAGCAAGCUGCCAAAAAGAUACAGGCAGCACAGAGGGGCUUGGAACUGCGCCAGGAGCAGCCACUAGGCGGGUCGGCUCAUCGGGUGCAGAAGUUGACCGAGGUAGACUGGACUUCACAGGUCGACGUGCCGCAGACAUAUCAGCGUGCUGCUGUACGUAUUGCGGAAACGCAUCGAAGGGGCAUUACCUUGAAGCAGCUAGAGGUUUUCACGGAGUUGGUCGACAAGGUGCUGGAGUUGAUUGAGGUGGAAGAGCCCAAUGCUUCGACGGAUCUGGGACGUUUGACCAUGGAAAAUGUGAACCUGUACCACCUGAACGAGCUGUUUGUGCUGCGCCUCACGAAAAAGGAGGUCUGUAGCUUUACAGAGCUGGUCAUGGAUGCAGCACAGGACCCUGUGUGGUUUGUAUCCCACUGGUGGGGUACUCCAUGGCGAGAUAGUCUGGACAUGUUGAGCUUCCACUCCAAGGAGCAUCAGCUGCUGGAUGACAGUCCUUACUGGAUCUGCACCUUUGCGAACAACCAGCACAACUUAGAGGAGCUCAACACCUCUGACCUGUUGGACACACCUUUUGUGCGUGCGAUCAUGAGCUCCAGUUGUAUGGGAACGGUGAUGUUGAUGAAUGAGAAUGCGGAGCCGUUUCGGAGAACCUGGUGCACGCUAGAGAACUUCAUCAGUACCCAGCACGUUAAGACAAAGCCAAGACAACAUCUAUUCGAGGUAGCAGCAGUUGUGCAAGAAGGCUGGCAGAAGAUAAUGGAUGGAGAUAAAGAAGUCAGGGUCCCCAGGUGUCCAGCAUUACUUCAACGAGGCGAAGAUGGCGGCUUCAUUGACAAGGUCGUCGAAAAGGGUGCUUGGUUUCCCAACGAGGUUGCACGCUGUGGAGUCAAAGUGGAUAUUGCUACAGCUGAUGCGUCCAAUGAGGACGACAAACGCAACAUCCUGCGCCUGAUUAUUGGAGAGACUGAUGCCAAAAUGCCGCAGCCUCCAGCCUCCCAUGAGAAGUACGAUGAGGUAAAUGUUGCCAUCCACGGGGUCUUCGCUCCAAUGGCAUUGCAUGCUGCAGCGCAGGAUGGAGAAGUUCAAGAAGUGGAACGUUUGCUGUCAGCGGGGCUUGUAGACUUGGUCGAGAAGCCGACCCGCAACUCUGCUGGUGAGACGCCGCUCUUUGCUGCAUGUUUCAGUGGGCGCGCGAAGAUGGUGCAACUUCUCCUCGAGAAACGUGCGGAUACCAACUUGACAAAGUCCACAGAUGGCAUGAGCCCAGCAUGUGCAGCUGUUGCUGAGCACCACGAGGAGGUGUUGCAGCUGUUGCUUGACGGGAAAGCCGACCUAAAUCUGGCCAGUGCUGAUGGUGGGACGCCUUUGUUUGUGGCCAUUCAGGCUGGUCACUAUGAUCUCGUGGAACGACUGCUGGACGCAAAGGCGGAUCCGAAUGGAAGCAGCAACAGCAUGCAGACGCCAGUGCAGUUCUUGACACCUGCGCUCCUGCACAAGGGCGAAUCAGUUCUGCACAAGGGCGAAUCCGCUGAUGACUUCGAGCAUGCUUAUGAAGCUUUGGACACGCUCCUAAGCGCUGGUGCGGAGCCAGAUCGUGUGAACGACAGCAGCAGUUGCUCUGCCCUCUUAGCAGCAGCUGUGAAUGACUGCACAGACGCUCUCGAGCUUCUUCUAGACGCCAGGGCUAAUCCCAACCAACGUGACCUUGAGUACCAGGCAACCGUUUUGUCCUGGUCUGCCCAGAAUGCCAAUGUUGAUGCAGUUACUGCCCUCAUCAAACAUCGUGCUGACGUGAACGCCAUAUCAGGAGCAGAGGCCCCUUUGGACAUUGUCAAGGGCUUGCUGGAUGCCACGGAGAAUGCCAAAGCUUGCUUGGAGGUGUUGAAGUCUUUUGGGGCGAAGGAGUACAGCGAAUUGGCAGCCUGA